UCCACUAUACGUUAUACCAGGCAGGCGUCAAUAGAGAUAACGGUUUGUUGGAGCGGUUACUGUCAUUGGUUGCUGUACCAAGAACGUCGUCUAGCCUACUAUCACAUUUAUUCAUAGGUCUACUACCGUAUGCAUAGGCUUAGGCUACUGUAAAUAGAUCCUCAGUCUGUUGGAAAGCUAGCUAUGCGUUUUUUUGUGUGAAAACUGCAGCAGCGCAGUAGUUUUUUUUCUUGUAGGAGACGUCGUUAAUUGACUGAUUGGUGCGGUGGAGUCGGUGCGUAUCAACUAUUCUUGGAACAAGUUCAUUUUAGGGUUACUUUUUUCUCUAUUUGAUUUGAGGAGGGUUGUCACUUAGAAAACGCCCUCACAAGUCUGACAAAUAUUAUAAUCCACUUGCCUGUGUCUGCUUGGCAGUGCGUGCACGAAAAUAGGUUUUGGCUGUUUAGGCUACCUAGCUACCUAUUCAAGAGGUAUUUUUGACGAACAUUUAUAGCAAAACUGAUUUGAAUCGUUUCCUGUCAAUAGUGUAAACCACUGUCAAUGCAGGCUUAACUUAAUUCGGAUUUCGUUUAAUUAGUAAUUCGCCAACAAGAAGGCACUGAACGCUGAACUGCAGAGGUAUCUGUUCCGUGGAGAAGGAUUUUGCGAUGAUAUCUGGGGAUGCAGGGCCGAGUAUGGGCACUGGCUCGGGGGCUGCAGAUUCAGCCUCGCCGGAAGAGAUGCAGCCACCCAAACCGCCCGGCCAACAUGCUGUGUCCGUGUUGUGGUCCUUCGGAAAAUGCCUGGCUACACUUUUGCCAGUUUACCUGGCCGGAUACUUCGGGUUUAGUAUCAGCUUAGUUCUGUUCGGUCUGAUGGUUUACAUGGGAUGGAAACACAGUCGUAACGAGAAAGUGAUGCGGCUGCGGUCAGCCAUGUACGUAUUGGAGAACGAGAGAGCAUACACCACUGCAAAUGCUUUUAGGAGUAAACAGGAAUUACCCCCAUGGGUCAACUUUCCGGACGUGGAGAAGGUUGAGUGGAUGAACAAAAUUCUGCAGCAGGCAUGGCCAUUCAUGGGCCAGUAUCUGGAGAAGUUGCUGGUCGAAACCAUUGCUCCAGGCAUACGUGCAUCCAACACCCACCUACAGACCCUCAGCUUCACCAAAGUCAACCUAGGGGAGAAGGCCAUGAAGGUUGUGGGAGUAAAGGCUCACACGGAGCACGACAAGCGGCAGGUCAUACUGGAUCUAUACAUUAGCUAUGCGGGUGAUGUGGAGAUCAAUGUGGAAAUCAAAAAGUACUUUUGCAAAGCAGGAGUGAAUGGAGUACAGCUACAUGGGAUGUUGAGGGUUAUUCUAGAGCCCCUGAUUGGAGACGUUCCUCUGGUGGGAGCCAUCACCAUGUUCUUCAUACGCAGGCCUAAGCUGGACAUCAACUGGACUGGGCUGACCAACUUGCUGGAUAUCCCUGGACUCAAUGCCAUGUCGGACACUAAGAUAAUGGAUGCUAUAGCCUCGUACCUGGUCCUCCCCAACCGCCUCACUAUCCCCCUGGUGGCCGACCUGCACAUUGCGCAGCUCCGCUCCCCUCUCCCACGGGGAUUGGUGCGUAUCCACCUGUUGGAGGCAGAGGAGCUGACAGCCAAGGAUACGGUCAUUAAGGGGAUAAUAGACGGGAAGUCGGAUCCGUACGCUGUGCUGCGUGUGGGGACCCAGACCUUCACAUCACACACCGUGGACAGCAACCUCAACCCACAGUGGAGAGAGAUGUAUGAGGUGAUUGUCCAUGAAGUGCCUGGUCAGGAGUUGGAGGUGGAGGUGUUUGAUAAAGACCAGAACCAGGAUGACUUCCUGGGCAGGGUCAAGAUGGAUCUAGAUAUCGUACACAAGGCCAGAGUUCUAGAUGAGUGGUUUAAUCUGAAGGAUGUACCAUCUGGCAGGGUUCACCUCCGUCUGGAGUGGCUCUCUCUGCUGUCCUCUGCUGACCGACUCAGUGAGGUUAUCCAGAGGAACCAGAAUAUGACCUGUAAGACAGCAGACCCUCCUUCUGCAGCCAUCCUGGCUGUCUAUCUGGACCGGGCUCAAGACCUGCCUAUGAAAAAGGGCAACAAGGACCCCAGCCCCAUGGUGCAGCUGUCCGUAGAAGACACAACCAAGGAGAGUAAGACUUGUUAUCUUACCACUGACCCAGUGUGGGAAGUUGCCUUCACAUUCUACAUCCAGGAUCCUCGCAAACAGGAAAUUAAUAUUCAGGUGAAGGAUGAUGACCGGGCUCUGUCUCUGGGCAGUCUGUCCAUCCCUCUGUCCCGUCUCCUGGCUAGUCCUGACCUCAGCAUGGACCAGUGGUUUCAGCUGGACAACUCUGGCCAGGCCAGCCGCAUCUAUAUCAACGCUGUUCUGAGGGUGCUGUAUUUAAAUGAGGAUGCCUCUCCUACCAGCCCCAUAUCUCCUCACCCCCUAAGCCCAGGGUCAGGCCACGGAGAGGGGGGUACCACAUCAGAGGUGGCCCCCGGGGGAGUGAGUGGAGCCCCCAAACCUGUACCCACCCAACCCAAGCAGACCACCCCUGACUCGGACUUUGCUAGUGAGGGCGUUCUGCGUAUCCACCUGGUGGAGGCCAGUAACCUAAUAGCUAAGGAUAACUUUAUGGGAGGCAUGGUGAAGGGGAAGAGUGAUCCCUAUGUCAAGAUCAGGGUCGGGGGAGUCACCUUCCGCAGCCACACCAUCAAAGAGAACCUCAACCCCUACUGGAAUGAACUUUACGAGAUCAUCCUAACCCAGCUGCCUGGUCAGGAGAUCCAGUUUGAGCUGUUUGAUAAAGAUCUGGAUCAGGAUGAUUUCUUGGGCAGGUUCAAGUUCAACCUGCGAGACAUUAUCAGCCCACAGUUCACUGAUGAGUGGUACACUCUGAAUGAUGUGAAGUCAGGUCGGGUUCACCUGAUCAUGGAGUGGCUCCCCAGGGUCUCAGAAUCCGCCAGACUAGAUCAGAUCCUGCAGUACCAGGCCCAGCAGCAGUACCAGAACAAGGCAGUACCGUCAGCUGCUGUGCUGUUUGUGUAUGUGGAGAGAGCGCACAGCCUGCCGUUGAAGAAGAAUGGAAAAGAGCCAAAAGUGGGGGCAGAGAUUCUGCUGAAGGCCAUGUCAUACAAGACCAAGGUGUGCGAGCGCUCUACGUCUCCUCGGUGGGAUGAAGCUUUCCACUUCCUGGUUCGUGACCCUAAAGAAGAACUCCUUAUAGUGAAGUUGUCCCACAGCUGGGGCCAGGCCCUGGGCACGGUGGUACUACCACUGAGAGAGGUGCUGUCAGAGCAGGGCCUGGUGCUGGACCGAUGGCUCUGUCUGGACGGGGCCCUCCCUGAGAGCCAGAUACUACUGAGGGCCACACUCAAGAUCUUGGACACCCAGCUGGCAGUGUGUCGUAGUGAUGGUACUGGGGAGGGCAGUGAGGACAGAGACCAUGUCAUCCACAGACGGGACACUGAACCAAACCUACGACACAGAUCACCGCUCUCUCAACUGAGGCGAGGAGAGGACGGAGGAGAGGACACGAGGAGUCGAGCAAAACCAAUUGAGAUUCUCCCCCUGUCUACCUGUGUCUCCUCGCUCAGAGUUGAUCAGAGCCCCGGCCAGGUGAAGCUGCAAAUUGGCUACUCAUUAGAGGAGAAUCGGCUGUUCAUCACCGUCCUCUCCUGCAGGGGCCUGCCAGCUUGUGGGUCUGCUAAGGACGGGUCCGACCCCUAUGUCUCCUUCAUACUUCUGCCAGACAAGAACAGGACCACCAAGAGAAAGACCAACACCAAGAAAAGAGACCUCAACCCUGAGUUCAACGAGAGGUUUGACUUUGACUUCUCUCUGGAGGAAUCCAUGCAGAGAAGACUGGACCUGACUGUCAAAAACAACGUCUCCUUCAUGAGCAGGGAGAGAGAGCUCAUUGGAAAGUUACAGCUGGAUCUGGAUCAGAUAGACCUGAAGAGUGGCAACACACAAUGGUACGAUUUGGUAGAGGAGACCAAUUAGAUGAGAGGAUGGACUCGCUUUCCUGCAGUGCAAUGUUACUUUGACUAUCACUUCUUCUGUUCAGUUUGUUUUAUAUUUGCUUACAUUACAUAUCAUCCCAACAAUAACACAAUUCAUCUGUAAAUUGAAUUCCUCCAAUCAAUGACAGAUUUGGUCUGUGUUACUACAGUGUAAUUCCAGAGUCAUGAGAACAUUUUAUUCAAGAUUGUUUGGUUGAAUAGAUAUUUGAUAUAAAAGCAAUUAUGUUGCUACUAAAGAAAUAUACACUGAGUACACAAAACAUUAAGAACACCUUCCAAAUAGUGAGUUGCACACCCCCUUUUGCCCUCAG